CAGUAGAGAAUGGUCAUUUCGACACCCUACAACUCUACGUAGCCUCUUCCUGUUAUUUGAAAUGGGCAUCUCGUGAACGGGUGGCAAUUCGUAAACAGGCCAUCGCGGAUUUUUCUACCCUUGGGGACAUCGACCUCUGUAUGGCCGCGACAAUUUUCUGUAUUUUACUACUAUCGUAGAUGCAGAAAUAAUAGAAUGUCGUCGGAGCAGGAACAAGCAAUUGUGUUUGUACUGUAAAUGAGCAAUAAGCGAAACAGGUGUUGCCUUUUAUACCAGCAAUUAAUUGCACGUCACUGAAUAAAGCUAUAACACGCGAAGGCGACAAAGGACAGCGCAGUUUUGGGCGCGGUUGAAAUAAUCGUAAAAUUUGAUUCAUAGUUCUCGUUGCUGGAUGCGUCUCGGUAUUAAAUAGCGGCCGACGCCAUGUAUGUGUGUGAUUGGACAAUGUCAUCGGUUAACAAAUGAACCGUCCGCCAUGUUUAACAAUAGUCGUCGUCUGCUCGCCAAGGUAGACGACCAAGCCUCUGGUGAAAAAAAUCAGAGGACGAUGUUUCGAGUCCCGCUAACGACAUGUGUUAGACAGCUUUCGUGAAUAAAGAAUGACCCUACGUACAGUCGCGCGAUGGAUGCCCGCUGGCUUCACUCUGUUUUAUGUAAAAAUCAUUAUUUACGUAGCUUCGACGUCUGGUAAGUGUCCAUCAAUCGACCUCACCAACUGCACAUGUUCAACAUCACAUACGGCUUACCGUGUCAACAAGUUCAGUGCACCACCUGCACCUCGAGUGACACUGCGAUGUCAGAAGGUCAAUGAUGUUAAAGCUCUGACAAAACUAUUCAGAGCGCUGCAGGGAAAUCAGAUUGAUGCCGUCCACAUAUUGGAUUCACCGAUCGGUCCAUCGAUUCCUGCUAAUUUGUUUAGUGGACUUCCGUUGUCCGAAGUCACUCUUUCCGGGGUGGAUAUAUCCGCCUUCAGUUCUCCAGAUUCCACGCCUUUUCUUGGGUUAGAGCAAACUCUUAUAUCAUUGGCUUUGCGGCGUUGCAACAUGCGUGCCGAUAUGACCCUGGAGAAGUUAACCGCCCUUGAUCAUAUUGAACAAAUCGAUUUGAGCUACAACAUACUUCGUUUUUUGCGGCGACGGUGGUUUUCGGUUCCUCCGUCCAGUCUCAGGUCUCUUAUUUUAAAAGGAAAUCGCAUCGAAGCUAUCGAAAGUCUUGCCCUUCAUAACGUGUACGAGUUAGUCUUCCUUGAUCUUUCUGAGAAUAGAAUCUGCUCUUUGCAACGUACUAUGUUCCCCGAUAAACUGGAGAUCCUACAUCUGGAAAACAAUCGCUUGACUGAUCUUGAGGACGAUUUAUUUGCAUCAAUGCUAAGGCUACGUCGUCUGUAUUUAGCCAACAACCGAAUCCACACGCUCAAGCACUCUACGUUUAGUCCCGUAUGGUUCAAGAUACAGCCUUCGCUUGAGGAAGUAGACGUUAGAGGUAACCCAGUCAUAUGCGAUUGUUUGAUGUCGUGGCUGUCGGAGACUAUUGUCUUGUGGCGUAACUCGCGUACCCUUCUUGGUUACUGUUCGGCUCCUAGCGCCUUCGUAGGGGAUCAGCUUCGCGGGCUCGACUGCUUCAAACUGCGCUGUUUCAAUGCAAAUUGCACUCAACUUGUCCCAAACCGUUCUGAAGAUAGCAGCAACCACGAUCCGCGGACGGUUAACUAGUCUUCCCUUUCAAAAGAACUUUUCAUGGCCUUUUAUAAAUGGAAAAUAAAUUGGUAUUAUUACAUACCAUAAUACAGAAAACAGAAAUGCCGUAAAGUUAAAUAUAACUUUACGGUAUGGCUUGAGCGUAAAAUUGUUAUAAUAAAUAUUAUAAAAAAUAUAAUUAAUAUUUUAUUAUUGAAA